GUUGGGGGGGGGGGGUGUCAGGGGGAUAGUAGUGGUCCUCCACACCGCCGUCCACCCCGGCACCAUCACCACCACUGUUGUUGGCCGGCGUCACCUGCAUCUCUAUCCUCCUCCAUCCACCCCAUACCACACUCCUCCUCGCACUUGUGCCUCUCACGUCGCAGCUGCCAUCUUAAAUAUAUAAAAUGUCGAUGAAGAUGGGUCCCACCGCCGUUAAGAGGCAAAGUAAAUCUGAAUUUAAGGACAAGGAGAAACCCGCCCAGAUCAGGAGUAGCAAUAUAAUUGCAGCUAAAGCUGUAGCUGAUGCUAUCAAGACCUCCCUUGGGCCAAGAGGCAUGGACAAGAUGAUUCAAGAUGGAAAGGGUGAAGUUACUAUUACAAAUGAUGGUGCAACUAUUUUAAACCAGAUGAAAGUUCUUCAUCCAGCUGCCAAGAUGCUUGUUGAGCUCUCUCAAGCACAAGAUGCUGAAGCUGGAGAUGGUACUACCAGUGUUGUCAUCCUGGCAGGUUCCAUGUUGGAAACAUCCCAGAAGCUUCUAACAAAAGGGUUCCAUCCAGCAACGAUUUCAGACUCGCUAUUACACUUUUCUAGUAAGGCUGUCGAGGUUUUGGAAUCCAUGGCUAUCCCUGUGGAUCUAACUGAUAGGUCAUCACUCCUGAAGAGUGCAAACACAUCCUUGAAUUCAAAGGUUGUACAUGAACACUCGGGCAUGCUGGCCCCCAUGGCAGUGGAUGCUGUCCUGAAGAUAGUGAACCCUACUCAAGAUACAAAUGUAGAUCUUAAAGACAUACGUAUCAUCAAAAAGCUUGGUGAAACUGUUGAAGAUUCACAAUUAGUGGAUGGUAUUGUAUUCACACAGAAGACACAGGGCUAUGGUGGACCAAACAAGGUGGAAAAGGUCAAGAUUGGGCUAAUUCAGUUUUGUAUUUCUCCACCAAAAACUGAUAUGGAUAACACUGUUGUUAUUCGUGAUUAUGCUGCCAUGGAUCGUGUCCUACGUGAGGAACGCCAGUAUAUUCUCAAUAUUACAAAGAAAAUUAAGGCUGCGGGGUGUAACGUUCUUCUUAUUCAGAAAUCCAUCCUUAGGGAUGCUGUGAGUGAUUUGGCCCUUCAUCUUCUGGCUAAGCAGAAAAUUAUGGUUGUGAAGGAUAUUGAACGUGAAGAUAUUGAAUUUGUAUGUAAAACGCUUGGAUGCCGACCUGUUGCUUCCUUGGAUCAUUUUACUCCAGAAUCCAUGGGUACAGCUGAACUGGCAGAAGAAAUUCAAACUGGUAAUAGCAAAUUUGUCAAAGUUACAGGAGUGCAGAACCCAGGACGAACUGUGUCAAUACUGCUUAGGGGUAGCAAUAAGCAGGUCUUAGAGGAAGCAGACAGAUCCCUUCAUGAUGCACUCUGUGUGAUUCGCUGCUUGGUUAAAAAGAGGUUCUUGAUUCCUGGUGGAGGAGCACCAGAAGCAGAGUUAUCAGUCAAGUUAACACAGUAUGCUCAUACACUUAAAGGCAUGGAUGCCUACUGCUUCAGGGCCUUUGCUGAAUCUCUGGAGGUAAUCCCAGGUAUAUUGGCUGAAAAUGCUGGUCUUAGUCCCAUCUCAACAGUGACCGAGCUGCGUAACAGACAUGCCCGUGGGGAAACUCAUGCUGGCAUAAAUGUCCGCAAGGGAAGCAUCAGCAACAUCAUUGAAGAAAAUGUACUGCAGCCCCUUUUGGUUUCUACCUCUGCCAUCACACUUGCUGCAGAGUGUGUACGCUCUAUUCUCAAGAUUGAUGAUAUUGUGAAUGUGAUCCGCUAGAACCUUUA